ACGUAGCUGGGGGUCUUGUCCCUUUUGGCGCCCCGUAGCAUGGUGCCCUUUGACCCGCCGCGGCGGGGUGACAGGUCGGGCGGCCAUCUUGUGGCGGCGGCGACGGGUUGUUGUUGCUGAGGGCCCGUCCCCGCGGGCGGCCCCGCCGGCGCCAUGUCUUCGUUCUCCGAGUCGGCGCUGGAGAAGAAGCUGUCGGAGCUCAGCAACUCACAGCAGAGCGUGCAAACGCUGUCGCUAUGGCUCAUCCACCACCGCAAGCACGCGGGGCCCAUCGUCUCCGUGUGGCACCGGGAGCUCCGCAAGGCAAAAUCAAGUAGGAAGCUUACGUUCCUAUAUUUAGCAAAUGAUGUCAUCCAGAACAGUAAGAGGAAGGGUCCUGAAUUCACUAGGGAAUUUGAAUCGGUUCUUGUGGACGCUUUUUCUCAUGUUGCCAGAGAGGCAGAUGAGGGCUGCAAAAAGCCCUUAGAACGAUUGCUUAACAUCUGGCAAGAAAGGAGUGUGUAUGGCGGUGAGUUCAUACAGCAGCUGAAACUUUCUAUGGAGGACUCAAAUAGCCCUCAAACCAAAGUUACAGAGGAGAAGAAGUCUUUGAAGCGGACAUUUCAGCAGAUCCAAGAGGAAGAAGAUGAUGAUUACCCUGGGAGCUACUCACCCCAGGACCCCACUGCUGGGCCAUUGCUGACUGAGGACUUGAUCAAAGCCCUUCAGGAUCUGGAAAAUGCAGCAUCAGGAGAUGCAACAGUACGGCAGAAAAUUGCUUCGUUGCCACAGGAAGUUCAAGAUGUGUCGCUACUGGAGAAGAUUACAGACAAAGAGGCAGCAGAACGUCUUUCGAAGACUGUGGAUGAAGCAUGUUUGUUACUAGCAGAAUACAAUGGGAGACUGGCGGCAGAGCUGGAAGAUCGGCGCCAGCUGGCACGCAUGCUGAUUGAAUACACGCAGAACCAGAAGGAUGUACUGACAGAGAAAGAGAAAAAGCUAGAAGAGUAUAAACAGAAGCUCGCUCGGGUAACCCAGGUCCGCAAGGAGCUGAAAUCCCACAUCCAGAGCCUUCCAGAUCUGUCGCUGCUACCCAACGUUACAGGAGGCUUGGCACCUCUGCCGUCAGCUGGUGACCUAUUUUCAACUGACUAGGACAAAUGGUGCCCACAUUUACCAAUUCCCCUUAGUACCAGCAGAAGUAAGAAGACUCUCUCUGGUGUUGACUGGAAAUCCAGUCUUCCAACGAUCUACCAUGGGAAGGGACAUGCAGACCUAUUUUCAGACUACCAGCUGUGCAUGCUCUCUCUCUCUCUGUAUAUUGUCUCAUGUUGAGGGGAAGGUGAAGCGUGUGUGUGUGUGUGUGUGUGUGUGUGUGUGUGUGUGUGCAUGCGUGUGCACCAGUGUGUGCACUCCGAAGAGAGGGGUAUAGAGUCCAUAUAUAUUUUGAAAAGACAAAUCUUACUCACACUUCCUGUACUCAGAUUAGUUUCCGUUUGCUCUUAGCACUUGUUACUCCCGCAGAAGUCACAAAUCGUGCACAUAGACCUUGGAAGCUUUCAAAGAAAUGUUGGACUUGAUGACACUUUUUUUUCUCUAUAAAAGUAUCGGAUUAUUUCUGAAUCAGUUUUGUUUGUUUUAGUCUGGUUUCUGAUCUUCAUAUCCCUGAGCAGUUGAACGACUAGUGUCCUUUACAGGAGGGUGUGUGCGUAUGUACUGUACCAUACCAGGGCAAGAAGGAUGCGACUAUACAACCAUGGUACACCCAAACCUUUCGUUAGACCUGUACUUGCUCUUAUUCUUGUAGGAGUUGCACAAAGCUGGUUCCUAUUUGGUAUGGUGCCUUUGUGUAUAAAGCGCAACCGUGGGCAAUAAAAAUGAACAAUUUUCUUGUGAUAAGGGAUAGUUUCAGAACUUACACUCUGCUGAGCAGUGCAGAACUGGAUAUUACCCAAGCAUGAGUGAAGUAAAUUCUGUUCCGGCUCCUUUCUUUUAUAUUUAUACCACAUUUAUUUUUUCUGUAUUAUAUAAUCAAGAAAUGUCCAUGAAAGGUUUUGGUUCAGCUGCCACAGUCAUGGGAUACAACUAGUGAUAGCCCAUCACUUUCACUUCCUUUGAAUUUGAGGAUGAUUGUAUUGAAAAUCUUAAGGAAUUUAGUUCCCUUAGCUUAAACAAAGUGAUUUACCGAACUGAAGUUUUAAAUGUGGUAUAAAUAUUUUGUGUAGAGAGUAUCAACAUGUGCAGACUUGUACGUGGGCACACACUGUCUCUGCGCAUACACCAGUAUACAUGCACAUAUAAUGUAGGAAGGUGUGCUUAAUUUUGAAUCGCAUAUUAAUGUAAGUUGACUUUUUUUCUUUAUAUUGGAGAAAACUAAAAACAAAAAAUUUACAAUGCUCUCGUCUAAUACCACAAUCAUGCCAGCUAGUAUUUUACAGCUCCCAUGGGUGUAGUCAGGUUUAAAUUUUUGUGUAUUAGUUCUAACAAACAGACCUCUCUGCUCAUUGAAAACCAUUCCAAUCUGGCAGUGUAUCCUGUUGAAAUUCAAACGCCUCUCGCUAAGAUAUUGCGAGGUGCUGGAAACACUUGAUCUAGUAAUGUAAGUUUUUGUAAUACAGAGGCUAAAACUAGUAAGGCUAGCUGUGUUGUAUUUGUGCCUCGCUUGUAGUCUUAAACUGCUGUUUUCAAAGGUGUGAGGAAACUGAUAGAAAUAUGAAACUCAUUCUGUGUGCUCAUUAAUUUAUUUUACAGGGAAUUCAGUGGCUUAUUCAGCAUUCAGCUAAACUGAAUAAACUAGCAUCUCUGGCUUAGCUGGCGAAACGUCCAUGUGCUUUUCCAUACCGACACUUGAUUUUUUGGCCCUUUAUUGAAUUUCUUGCUGCCCAUCUCUGGAGUCUGUUUUCCCCUCGGCAGAACUCUUCUCUUCCAUGAAUUGAUGCAGUUGGACAGUCCUUUGUCUAAAUAUUUUUGGACCAUUUUAAGUGCUAUAGAUUCUCUGCUUUUGCCAAAAAAAAAAAACCUCGAACACCCAAACCAAAAGAUGCACUUCUGUCCUGUCCCAGCUCAGCAGAGUUAGCCCAAGGCUAUAUUUCAACUGGUAAUUAUUUCCAACCAGCAGUUGACUGCAUAACUAUUAUAUGACAACAAUGAAGCAAAGCUGUUGUAGAACUUAGACAAUUGUGUUGGCAUCUCAAACUGUGUGGGGCAGAUUUUUCUGUGAGAGAGUUGUAUUUUUUUUAAUUGAAAUGUUUUGAUUUUUUUUCUAAAUACGUGUGUGUGUGUGCAUUGUUUUGGUCUAAUUUAAAUGAAGUCUUGUGGUUUAUAAUUUUAUUUAGUUUUACUUUUUGGGCAAAGGGUGCACCUAGUGACCUGAGUGGAACUUUCUCCAGGUCAAACAGAUUUUUCCCCAAAGCGUGUGUCUUUUUUAACAAAAGCUUAAAUCUGUACAUGAACUGAUUUAGGAAUUAAUUUAGAAGUAUAGGCUGCCAUUUGUGGCAGCAGUAUAUUCUGAAAUGUCUCAUAGAUAUCUAUUUUUGAAUAAAGAGGGUGUCAUUGAAAGGCA